AUGGCAGGAGGAAAGUUCAUGACGCUCGAGGACUUCAAGAUCGCCUUCAACGUCUUCUGCUGCGUCUACGGAGUUGGAACGCUCGGUAUGCCCGGCAACUUCUCUCGAGCUGGCCCCGUGCUUGCCAUCAUCGCCAUGGCCUUCAUGGCCUUCGCCAACGUGUACGCGUCCGUGGCCAUUUGCCGCGUCAUGCUACUUGCACCCAAAUCCGUGCGCACGUACGGCGACCUGGGUGCUUGGGCUGCCGGCAAAUGGGGCCACUGGUUUGCCGUCGUCUCGCAGAUGGCUUCGUGCCUGCUCGUGCCGUGCGUGUUCCUCGUACUCGGUGGCUCGCUACUCAACGGUCUUUUCGCGGGCGCCUUCAGCGACACCGUGUGGAUCAUCCUCAUGGCUCUCAUGUGUCUGCCGGUCUGCCUUAUCCCGACUCUGAAGGAAGGAGCAGGCGCCGCUUUUGCCGGUUGCCUCGGUACCAUCAUCGCCGACGUCAUCGGUGUUGCAGUCGUAAUGCACGGCAUGCGCGGCCACCCGUCCGUACCGGCACCCGAUCUCAAGUUCUCACAGGUCGCCGGCGUGUUCGGCAACCUGUCGCUCGCAUACGGUGCCGGCGUGGUCAUCCCGGCGCUGCAACGUCAGCACAGCGAUCCCAAGCGCAUGCCGCGCGUUGUCUUCUUCACGAUCACGCUCAUCUCUAUCCUCUUCCUAGUUCUGGCCAGCACGGCCUACUCGUCCGUUGGCUGCCAGAUCACCGGCAACCUGCUUUUCUCCAUCUACCCGGACGCCGACACGGGUCUCACCACGCUCGGCUUCAAGUCGGAUUGGGGUGCCGUUGUACUUGCCUAUCUCUUUAUGCAACUGCACGUGACGAUCGCCUUCUCAGUACUGCUCAACCCGCCGUUCUACCUGGCCGAGCGUAUUCUACUCGGCAUGCACAAGAAGAAAGAGAGCGAUAUUGAGAACGCAAUCACCUACGCUGAAGCCUCAACGCCCGCCAAGGACUCGACCGCUAACCCGGCUGUGGACGUGUCGGAGCGCCGGUCCAAGAUGUCGUAUGUGUCGGUGGCCGAUGCCGAAAACCCACACUUCGGUGAUGAGGAUGAGACCGCCGAGUACCGUGGCGCCAACGCCAUCAAGUACGUGCUGCUUCGUGUGGCUAUCAUCGCUGUACUAGUGAUCCUGUCGAUCGUCCUGAAAGACCAUUUCUCGGACCUGUCGGACUUUGUUGGCGCCUCGUGUCUCUCGCUUAACAGUAUCAUCCUGCCGAUUGUAUUCCUGCUCAAGAAGUGUUGGAGUUCCCUUCCAAUAUACGAGAAGGUCCCGGCCAUUGCUGUUGCCGUUGUGUGCAGCAUCCUGGCCUGCUACGUGACGUACACGUCGGGAAAGACUUUGUUCUCGCCCACAGAGUCGGACGUGGAGUUCCCGUACUGCGACUCGGAGUUCGAGAACAAGGUCUACUACAACUACACUGCCGUGCACGGAGCGUAA